AUGGAUGCGAUAUCCUCCGCAUCGAGCGUUAUUGCAGUCAUCCAACUCACGGGAAGCAUCGCGAAAUUUUGUGGGGGCUACAUCCAAGAAGUGAAAGAUGCACGAAACGAGAUCUUCGCACUUCAACAGGCGAUUACAGGCCUAGAAGGAACACUACAAGACCUGCAAAAGUUGCUCCAAAGCAACAAUGGAACGGUUCUAUCUACCUCCUCGCAAGUAGUCAGCAAUAUGACUGAGUGCCAGGCCGACCUUCGAGCUUUGGAAGUGAAGCUUGAUCCAGGAAAGGGAAAGAAGCUAAUGAGGAAAGUGGGAUUACGGGCCUUAAAGUGGCCACUGAAGCGCGCAGAAGUGGAAGGCAUCGUUCAAAAACUUGAGAGAUACAAAUCUUCGUUCCUCCUGUCCUUGCAGGUAGAUCAGACUUCUCUGAUGGUCGAUAAGUUUCAAGAUCUUGAUAUUGGGAAGAUAGAAUAUGUGAUGGAGGCAGGGUUUGAAUCAUAUUCCGAUCGAGAUGAAUUCCAGUGUCUCCAAGGCACUAGGACCGUGCUUCUCCAACAGAUCAUGGAUUGGGCCAUAUCACCAACUGAAAAAAGCAUUUUCUGGUUGAGGGGAAUGGCCGGCACCGGCAAAUCCACAAUAUCUCGAACUGUGGCAAGUUCACUCAAAGACAAAAAUUGUCUAGGUGCCAGCUUCUUCUUCAAGAGGGGUGGCGGUGACAGAGGGAACGCGAAGAAGUUUUUCCCGACACUGGCAAGGCAACUCAUGCUCAUAAUUCCUAGCCUAAGAUCUGCUGUUCACAAUGAACUCAAGGAUGACCCCGACAUUGCUUCGAAAUCGCUCAGGGAGCAGUUCGAGAAAUUACUCCUAUGGCCGCUGCUCAAUAUUGACCAGGUCGGUCAACAACCCGUUCGAACUGUGGUUAUGGUUGUCGAUGCCUUAGAUGAGUGUGACCAUUAUCAAGAUGUGAGAAAUAUUAUCCAGUUUCUACCCCGUUUACAGAAGGUGGAUUCGAUUCGCCUCCGAGUUUUCUUGACCAGCAGACCUGAGCUCCCGAUUAGCCUUGGGUUCUCAGAGAUUACAGAGGAUAAAUACCGGGACCUAGCUCUCCAUGAGAUACCCGAAGAAGUGACCGAGCACGAUAUCCAUUUGUUUCUACAGGACCGAUUUGCGAAAAUUAGACAGGACAGAGAUAUUUUUCAGGGCUGGCCAGGCGAUGAAGCCAUCCAACAAUUGGUGACGAUGUCCGUUCCACUGUUUAUUUCAGCCGCCACCGUGUGCCGUUAUAUCGAAAAUUCAAAAUGGGAACCCAAAUUUCGCCUAACCGAACUUCUCAAUGACCAAGCAAAAUAUGUAUCCCGAAUGGAAAAAACAUAUAUGCCAAUUAUGACGCGAUUGCUGGACGAUCAAGAAAGUGAUGAGUCAGAGCAACAGCAAAUUCUGCACGAGUUUCACGAAAUAAUCGGAACUAUUAUUCUUCUUGCUACUCCAUUCUCCGUUAACACACUAUCCGAAUUUCUCGGCAUUAAGCGGGAUCUUAUUAGCAACCGCUUAAAUUCAUUUCAGUCUGUACUAAUCAUGGAAAGGCAUCUGCAGAAAGAUAUCUGCAGAUUGGAACGUCCCUCCAUACUCAGAGAGAACAUCGAUUAUCAACUUCUCGAGCAAUAUCUACCACCUGAGCUUCAGUACUCUUGUCGCUACUGGAUAUACCAUCUCGAUCAAAGCCAGGCUGUAUCCUCUAAGACAGAGGAUGUGCUGUCAUUUCUCAAAGGCUAUUUUCUGUAUUGGGUGGAGGUGAUGAGUCUGCUGGAUCUUUUAUCUGAGGUUGUGGGUAUGCUUAAUUUGCUCCAAUCGCUCAUACCUCACGAUGAUAAAUCUGGAAUAUCCGAAUUCCUAUACGAUGGAAAGCGUUUUGUUCUUAAGAAUCGGCAGAUCGCCGAGGAGGCGCCUCUUCAACUUUAUUGUGCAGGACUCAUAUUUGCCCCCGAAACAUCGAUAAUCCGCAGAGAAUUCAAAUCAGACUUCCCUACUUGGAUUUGCCAGUUUCCAGAAGUUGACGAAGGAUGGAGUGCUGAAAUACAAACUCUCGAGGGUCACUCAAACAGGGUUAACUCGGUGGCCUUCUCGCCGGACGGCCAGCUACUAGCGUCUGGAUCUCAUGAUUCGACAGUGAAGCUCUGGGACACGGCCACAGGUGGCUUACAGCAGACCCUCAAUGGAUCCUCACGAGUCAACUCAGUAGCAUUCUCGCCUAAUGGGAAGAUACUUGCUUCCGGAUAUAGUCAUCGUGACAUACGGCUCUGGAGUAUGCCGACUGGGGACCUACAGCAGAGUUUUAGAGGUUCUUCAGAUGUUACAUCCGUGGCCUUCUUCCCCAACAACCAGAUACUAGCAACCGGCUCUUUCGAUAAAAUAGUACGGCUCUGGGAUAUAGCCACAGGUAGCAUACAGCAGACUUAUAAUGGCCAUUCAGGUAUAGUUAGCUCUGUGGCCAUCUCACCUGAUGGCCGACUGCUAGCUUCCGGAUCUGAAGAUGCAGAAGUGAGGCUCUGGGAUAUAGCCACAGGGCAUCUAGAGCAUGUUCUUGAGAGCUACUCAGCAGUUUUUUCAGUGGCUUUCUCUCCUGACAGUCGGCUAUUAGCAUCUGGUACUGAUGGGCAGAUAAUUCUACUCUGGGAUAUAGCUACUGGCAGUCUUCAACAGACCUUUGAGGAACACACAGACAGAGUUACCUCAGUAGCCUUCUCACCCGAUGGCCAACUCCUAGCAUCCAGCUCCGGUGACGGUACUAUAAACAUCUGGAAUAUGGCCACAUCCAAGCUAGAGCAGGCUUUCGGGGGCCACCACGGCUUAACAGACUCAGUAAUAUUCUCACCCGACAGCAAGCUAGUAGCAUUCUGCUCAGCUGAUCAGACUGUACGGCUCUGGGAUAUAGCAGUCGGCAAGAUAGUACAGCAGUUUGAUAAGGACUGGUCAACCUUCGCUUCCUCUAUAGCGUUUUCACCUACUGGUCAGCUACUGGCGUUGGGCUCUGGAGAUUCUACUAUACAACUUUGGGAUACAGCAACAGGCGGGCUACAACAGAUCCUUAAAGGGCACUCAAGCCCAGCUUGGUCAGUGGUCUUUUCACCUAAUGGGCAAUUAUUAGCAUCCAGCUCUCAAGAUGAUACCAUACAGCUUUGGAACAUCGCAACAGGCAACAUCCACCACAUUCUUGAAGGUCACCUAGGCACAGUUUGGUCUAUGGCUUUCACGCCUGACAGCCUAUUACUAGCUUCCGGCUCUGGUGAUUCAACCGUGCGGCUCUGGGAUACCACGACGGGUAGCCUCCAACAGACUAUGAAAGGCCACUCAGACGUCGUUCGCGUCGUGGGCUUCUCCCCUGACGGUCGACUUUUGGCCUCCGGCUCUGAUGAUUCAACCGUGCGACUCUGGAACACCGUAACCGGCAGCCUCCAACAGACUAUGAAAGGCCACUCAGGCAUCGUUCGCAUCAUGGACAUCUCCCCUAACGGCAGACUUUUGGCUUCCGGCUGUGAUGGCCUGUCCGUGCGGCUCUGGGAUACCGCGACGGGUGACCUGCAAGAUACCUUAUGCACAGAGUCAUUUGUCAAUCGACUGAAAUUCUCUCGAGCCGGUUCAAGUUUAAUCGUCAAUGGAGAGACCUUCGAAAUUCCGUCGAGGUUUCAUGGUCACCAGGAGAUCGAAUGUUAUGGCUUCCUCCUAAUUGUCGAUCUGGAUCUGUUGCAGUUCAUGGGGACUUGGUUGCUCUAG